AUGAAUAAGCACAGAGCUAGGGUGAAUAAGCACAGGGCUGGGGUGAAUAAGCACAGAGCUGGGAUGAAUAAACACAGAGCUGGGUUGAAUAGGCACAGAGCUUGGGUAAAUAUGCACAGAGCUGGGGUGAAUAAGCACAGAGCUGGGUUGAAUAGGCACAGAGCUUGGGUAAAUAUGCACAGAGCUGAGGUGAAUAAGCACAGAGCUGGGUUGAAUAAGCACGGAGCUGGGUUGAAUAAGCACAGAGCUGGGUUGAAUAAGCACAGAGCUGGGGUGAAUAAGCACAGAGCUAGGGUGAAUAUGCACAGAGCUAGGGUGAAUAUGCACAGAGCUGGGGUGAAUAAGCACAGAGCUGGGGUGAAUAAGCACAGAGCUGGGGUGAAUAAGCACAGAGCUGGGGUGAAUAUGCACAGAGCUGGGGUGAACAGGCACAGAGCUAGGGUGAACAGGCACAGAGCUAGGGUGAAUAAGCACAGGGCUGGGGUGAAUAUGCACAGAGCUGGGGUGAAUAUGCACAGAGCUGAGGUGAAUAAGCACAGAGCUGGGGUGAAUAAGCACAGAGCUGGGGUGAAUAAGCACAGAGCUAGGGUGAAUAUGCACAGAGCUGGGGUGAAUAAGCACAGAGCUGGGGUGAAUAAGCACAGAGCUGGGUUGAAUAAGCACAGAGCUGGGUGA